GUUAUUGGCCCGAGGUUUCUUUCUUUUUUUGAUUUCAAUUAUUUCAACUGGAUAACGCGGUAAAUACACGCGACAAAAAUGGUAAGAUCAUCUCAACAUGCUCGGAGACGGCAAAUUCGGCAAGCUGGUACAACUACUAGUAAAGCAAAUACACGUGUUAGACGACAAAAUACACAACAAACGCGCGUUCAAAGAAGUCAAACUCAACAAACUUCUAUUACCGCUCGAGAAAUAAACGCUCAAAGAAUGCCAAGACGAGGAUAUGUUCAACUACAACUUGAAGACAUUAGACUUCAAAGGGCUUUAGAUAAUGACGUUCUUUGUCGACUAAGUUCGCCACCAACGAUAACGGAUCAAAGAGUAUUUCAACUUAAACAAAACGAACCAGAAGAAUUACCAAAUAUUGCAAUGACAAUACAUAAUAUCGAAAUUGCUUGGAUAUUCUUUGAUACCUGUGCUUAUUUCUUCAAAGAUAAUGUACAUGAAGCUAAAGAUUUUAUUUUAUCUGUAUUGACUGUUGAUAUCAUGAAUCAACUUUGGGGUAAUAUAGGCUACGAAGAAUCUUAUGAUGUAUAUAUUGUUGGAUGUUUUUUUUCUCGGGUUUUAUCUGAGUUUAGGGCAUUUAUAUUACCCCAUAUCAUUCAAACUUUGGAAGAUAUCGGUUAUCUAGGGCUAGGAGGGAGAGUGUAUGUGGAAGGGAAUAAUUUGGUUUACAAAAAAACAAGAUGUUAUCUUAAUGGUAAAGAUUAAGCUCACAAAUGCACUUUAAAUUGCAAUAUUUUUUUAAAUGGUUUUUAUAAUCUGAUGUUACCACAAAUAAUAAAUACUUAUGAUUUAAAUAGUGAUAUAUUUGUACUCUAAUAAAUAAUUAUUAAUAGCC